AAAGACGACGUGAUCGAUCAACUACCUAGUCUAUGUGAUCUUCUUUGCCUGCCUUAUAAACCACAACACCAUUUCCCCCUUUUCUGGGAAAACUUUGCAGGCCCUUUAGCGAAUCAGAGAGUUGCUGAUGCUGUUGAGAUGAUGUGCAACAAUGCUAGACAACACCAUAUUGAGAAGUGGGUCUUGGUCAUCCCUCUGGUUCACCUACUGAAAGGAGAAAGUAAGCCAUUCGAGCCAGUUCCACCUGUCUUGAAUCCACAGUUUGACUCCUGGACAGGCUUGAGGGGGAGCAACGUCUGUACGGACAGUAAUGCAAAUGUGAUCCAGAUCAUAAAAGGCCAUGAAUAUCUGGCAAACAUUGAUCGUCUUCUUGUGCACUCUUGGAUGUCUCUGCUGCCUGCACAUGAUUUAACAAGCUUCUUAUCCAGUAUGAGGGUUGAGCUCCUAGACGUUCUUCAAUACAUGCAGUUCAAUAUUAAAUCUGGAACAAACUUCAUGGUUUUCAAAGAAUUGGCAUCUCAACUCAUUGACAGAGAAAGCCAUGGCAGCAGAAGUUUUGAUGACACAUAUGGAGAGUGUUGCCUGAAAACUGCAGCAAUGCUUCUUGGUUCUAUUUGCUGUCACACAACAAAUCCAGACCACAGUGAUGUUCCUAUUUGCUUCCUUAAUCUGGUCUGUCUGAUUGCCAAGAUAUAUGAUCCCACCUAUUCCCAGUCAAGAGAGCGGAUUUAUGAAGAGUCAAUCGGGGAAGCAUUACAAACAAUGACGAAAUGGCAGAGACAAACCUUCGGAAACAAACUGCUUAAGGAAUGCAACCGUAUGCAGUUUUUUGUACCCCGUGAAAUUACGGUAUGGGAAAAGUUACUCUCAUUAUCCUUCAAAAAUGAUGAACACACAUCAUUCUGGAGAACCACUUUCAUGGCGGAUUUUGAAAGAAAACUAAAUAAAGAACAGCCAGUGGAUCAGAUUGGAAUAUACUGUAGCAAGAUGGAAGAACUGAGCAAGACAAGUCCAUUGCUAUGCAGUGCAAUGGAGAAAUGUGCAUUGGAGGCGAUUGAAACGAUUUGUCAGGAUAAAUCUGCUGUUUCAGCUCUAUUGAAGAAACAUGAUAUCACAAAGUCUGGGAAGUUGAUGUCUGUUAUUUUGCUGAAGACAUGGCCCAAAGAUGAGAAUGGACAUUACAUUGAAGGCCAGGACUUGAUAUUUGAGUACCUUGUAAAUUGGCCCAUGGCCGAAACUGUCUUCCAAAUGACAGGAAAACUGAUGGACAAAUUGUCAGAUGAUGCGCAAAACAGGCUGACUUCUGCAAGUUCAGCAUUAAAAUCGGUGUCAGAGAAGUUCCUCAGUGGAGAGAUCCAAAUUAAAACUUUAAACCAAAUACUCCAGAAAGAAUGUGAAUUUAUAAACUUGCUGAAAAUCGAUUGCCUCUGUGAUGAUGGUCGUUGUAAAGAUCCAAUAAACAUUACAACAUUACUGAACCUAAGAAAACAGGAAGCAGACGCUGUCCAUUAUGGGAAAGAACUGGUCGAGGGUCUUCUACAAAUCUCCCAGGAGCUUCCAAAACAUGUCAGAGUUGACCUCAAGGGGUUGGACAAAAUACUUCAUCAGAACAUUGAGAUGAUGAAUCUGAAUGAAUUUAUGAAGGUUCACACGCUUGAUGGACAGACCUCUCCUGCAAUAGGGCAGGUCACUUUUUUUAACCUUUGUGAUAUCACUCGUCAAAUGGCUUCAGAACUGCAUGUCAUUAAAGACAGUGCGAUCUUCAAAAUGUGCUGGAAAAUAGAAGUGGAAGAGUUGUCAAAAGUGCAACCUGAUACAGAUGACAAUGAACAUCAAGAUGCAAAUGUGGAAAUCUACACUCUCGACCUGGUCUACAGCAAAAUAUUCCAGAGCUGCUACAAUAAGUAUAAAGGGCUUUAUGGUGGUCUGAAGAGUGGGGAACUGUUACUGGAAGAAAUAGACAGCAUCUUUGAGGACUAUGAAGUGAAGCACUUGCAGGAAGAGUUUGACAUCAUGUGCAGAACAGAUCCAUCUGAUAACAGAAAAUGGACCAAAGAAAGAAUUCAGCAGAUUCAACAUUAUCAUGAACUUCAUCUCGCAAUGGAAUCUGCCAAAAUCAUCAUGGAUAUCAGGAACACAAUAUGUCCAGAAGGAGACUUCAAUGUACUGGAUAAAUUGCUGCAAAUGAAUCAACCUGACUACAAGAAAAGCCUGAAUUGCAUAGAUGAUACCUUCAUAAAGGCCAAACAGAUUCUGAUGGACAUUACAAAUGAUCGCAGGGAAUGUCUUCAGAAACUCAGUCAGAGCCUAGAGUUCGUCCAGUGGGUUAAUAAAGAACUUGAAGAUAUCAAUGAGCUGAAAGUUUUUGUUGACCUGGCAUCCAUCUCUGCUGGAGAAAAUGACCUUGAUGUGGAUCGAGUGGCCUGUUUCCAUGAUGCUGUCCUUGGUUACUCAUCCAUGUUGUAUGGAUUGAAACUGGACUCUGAUUUUGAGGCCUUCAAGGAGUCAUUGUCAAAAUUGUGGAAAGCACUUGAAAAUGACAGAAAUAUACCAAGAAAGCUGCGGGAUACUGCACGACAUUUGGAAUGGUUAAAGACUGUAAAACAAAGCCAUGGAUCUGUUGAAUUUUCAUCACUGUCCUUGGCUACAUCCAUCAAUGAGAAAGGGAUAUACAUCAUCAAGGCCCCAAACCAGAUAAAGUUCACUUUAGAGACUUCCCUGAUGCUGGAAAUUCAGGAAGAGAAAAACAUGACAUGCACCUAUGAGGACCUGAAAGAGCUGCAAAAUAAACUUAUGCUCAUGUCUGGAAGAGGGGAACAAAAUCAGACGGAAGUGGAAUGCUUCACUGAGGUGUUUGACAAUGUCCAGAGACUCGCCAAGGCAUUCAUAGACAUUAAUGCUGCGGGAAACCCACUCUUCAGGUGUUGGGAAGCUAAGAUUUAUUGCAAAACUCAGAGUGACCCAUGCAUCAUUAUGGAAAUCAACUUUUGCAAGACCCUGCAUCACAUCCAAGUAUGUGGAAGUCUAGUUGAACAACUUACAGCACUGUCCCAGAAAAUGGAGUGUUUUCUUGACGACUGGAGGAACUUCAUGGACAAACAGAGAUCUGAUCACUACUACUUAAACUACUUCACAGCAGAACAAAUAUUGUACCUGUGCAGUGUUUUGACUCCGACAAAUGUUAAUGUAGAAAUAGAGGACAAUGCUUUAAUGAUGUUCUCUUUUAUCAAACCAAACUGCACAACAACAGAUGUCUGGAGCACAUGGAGAAGGUUUCACAACCAAUUUGAACCUGGCAAAAAGACUAAUGAAGAUGUUUACUUUCAAAGUCACUUUCUCCACCAGGGUGACAGCAAUAUGUCUUCAGCUAAUGUGAGUCACUUAACAGCCAAUGAUCCAGAAGACAAGGUAGACCAGACUGUUGGUUUGAAAGAACUGGAAGAGUUGUGGAAUGGAUACAUGAAGAAUAAGGAGAUAUUUUUUCAUGACCUUUUGGACAUAAGGAGUUUAGGUGUUCUGUUAAAAAUGAUGACUGUCACAGAAAACCAAAAUGAAAAUGAAUUGGAAGCACCAAUACUUUCAGAGACAGAAGACAAUUCACUCAGAAGAAUUCUUCCAAAAGGCCUCUCCCCAAACCAACCUAAUCUCAUGAUCUGCCCACACGAUGAGGUCCUGGCUUCAAGUAUCUGCUUGUACAUGACCACUGACCACGAGCAACUACCAAGUUAUGAUGAGGUUCUUUUGUGUACGCCUGCAACAUGUUAUGAGCAAGUGGAGCUUUUUCUGAGGAGAUGUCUCACACCAGGGGACAUUGGCCAGAAGAUUUACACAAUGCUCUGGGCAGACCAACUAACAUAUGAUGUUAGCUGUGCGAUGGAGGAGUGUUUUCAGAAACUGUGUUCCAAGUUUAAACAUAAUUACAGGCUAGUGAUCUAUUGCAGCUCUGACAGAGAGCACACUUACAUUCCUACUGCAUUCAGUCAGUUCAAAAGAGACUUUGUGCCACAAGAGCCAUUGGAAAGGAUCCAGAAGUACUUAUCCAGGCAUUACACUGUCCUCUCAGAUCACAAGAAUGCUGUGUUCAAAGGUGGCCACUCUGUUGGCAUUGUUGCUUCCAGACGUGCAGGAGUUGGCAAGUCAUUGUAUGUCCAAAGUUUGUAUGAAAAGUUGAAAGGAAGUGUUGAACAAGGAACUGCAUUUAAGAAGUGCAUCCGACUAACUGAACAUGAGGUUGAUGACCAAAAUGUUAUCCAGGCUUUGUAUGACACACCAAAUGAAAAAGAUCUCAUGGUGUUUCAUUUUGAUGUCACAUCCUCGGUGCAAAAAGGCUUGAAUGAAUUCCUAUUCAAGCUUUUCUUUUUGCGGUACCUGAUGGGUUCAGAUGGACGGAUGUGGCACUGCAGCCACAAACACUUGUACAUCAUUGAGAUACUGGAAUCAACAAAUCAUCAGCCCAGAUCUGGACAAAAGGAAAACUAUGCGUUCUCAGACAUUUUCCCUAAGGUGUAUUGUUGUCCACCAAAGGAGGUUAUGGCUUUGGAAAGGAGGAGAGAGGAAAAUGCUGAUAUGGAGAGUGAGCCCCCUCUCAUGGAUGAUGAAUGUUUUAGGAGUGAAGCUUAUCAAAGAACAUACCAGUACCUCACACGUUUUUACAACAAUGACAAUCUUGACAACUUCACAUACCGGGGCAUUGAAGGGACUCAUGCAAAGUGUAUUCAGAUACUCUUAAUCUACUGUGGCAUUAUAGAUCCAUCAUGGGCAGAGCUACGUAACUUUGUCUGGUUUCUUAAUCUUCAGUUAAAAGACUGUGAGGAAUCAGACUUCUGCAAAGUUGAAUUUGUUGGAGACACUCUUCGUGGGUUCAAAAACUUUGUGGUUGAGUUCAUGAUCUUGAUGUCGAAAGAUUUUGCAACCCCAUCACUAUGCAUCACUGACCAGGGCCCAGGGAGGCAACACAUUGACAUCAGUGGGCUUAAUGAAAGAGACUUGGCUCCAUUCCUCAUUAGAAAGAGGUGGGAAUCUGAGCCACAUCCGUACAUCUUUUUUAAUGAUGACCACAUGUCAAUGACUUUCAUUGGGUUUCACCUGAUGCUCAAUGACCAAAAAGGGGUUGAUGCCAUAAAUCCUGUGACAAAAGAAGUAAUAAGGAGAAACAUCAUGACUCAAAAUCUGUACAAUGGCUUAAGACUUCAGAGAGUCCCUUUUAAUAAGGACUUUGAUCAGCUUCCUCGAGCUGAAAAGAUUGAGCAUCUGUGCAGUGUGCUUGGCGUCAAGUGGCCAACAGAUCCUGAUGAAACAUAUGAACUGACCACAGAUAAUAUUCUCAAAAUGAUGGCAAUCCAUACGAGAUUUAGGUGUGGGCUCCCAGUCAUCAUCAUGGGAGAGACAGGAUGUGGCAAGACAAGGCUCAUUAAGUUUAUGUGUGAAUUGAGAAGGUGUGGAGCACCAGCAGAAAACAUGAAAGUGGUCAAGGUUCAUGGAGGAACUACAUCAGAAAUGAUACAUGAAAAAGUGAAGGAAGCAGAAACUCUUGCAAGGACCAAUAAAGAGAAUCAUGAAUUUGAUUCAGUUCUUUUCUUUGACGAGGCAAACACAACAGAAGCCAUCAACAGCAUCAAGGAAAUCAUUUGUGAUAACUCUGUGCAGGGACACCAACUCAGCUCUCAAACAGGACUACAGAUUGUUGCUGCGUGCAACCCUUACAGGAAGCAUACAGACAAUAUGAUCAAAAGGCUAGAGGCCUCUGGAUUGGGCUACCGGGUCAGGGCUGAGGAGACUGACGACAGACUUGGCUCCAUCCCUCUUCGCCAGCUUGUGUAUCGUGUUCAUGUGUUACCUCCCAGCAUGAUUCCUCUUGUAUGGGACUUUGGGCAGCUCAAUGACUCAACAGAGAAAAUUUACAUUAAACAAAUAGUGCAAAGACAGGUUACAGCCAACUUGAUUGAGGCGCAUUAUAUUCCAAAUAUAACAAAGGUUUUAUCAGAAUCACAAAAGUUCAUGAGGAAGAGGAAAGAUGAAUGCAGCUUUGUCAGUUUGAGGGAUGUUGAACGUUGCAUGCAGGUGUUUGUGUGGUUCCACAAAAAUCAUCCCAUGUUUGCUAGGGAACUGAAAACGUUCCUUCAGGAGCAAAAUCAGAGGAAGAAAAACGCAAACAAGUUUCAACCUGCUAGUGACAAAGUAAUCUGGUCACUCUUGAUGGCCACUGGAGUGUGCUAUCAGUCCUGCUUGGAAGACAAAGGGUCAUAUCAGAGAACUGUCAGCCAGUUGCUUCCUCAUGAAUACAACACGAAAAGAUUACUGCAGGAAAUCCAACUCAUGCAUGACCUCCUACUCAAUGGUGUACCCAUGGGUAAAACAAUAGCCAGAAACGAGGCAUUGAAAGAAAAUUUUUUCAUGAUGGUGAUUUGUGUUGAGCUAAGAAUUCCUUUGUUUAUUGUUGGGAAGCCAGGGAGCUCCAAAUCACUGUCCAAAACCCUAGUUGCAGAUGCAAUGCAGGGCCCUGCCUCACAUUCCGAACUCUACAAGAAGCUGAAGCAGAUACAUCUGGUGUCUUUUCAGUGCAGCCCUCAUUCCACUCCUGAAAGAAUCAUCAACACAUUCAAACAGUGUGCCCGCUUUCAGGAAAGCAAAAACUUAGAUGAAUACAUCUCAGUAGUUGUUCUGGAUGAAAUUGGAUUGGCUGAAGAUUCCCCUAAAAUGCCACUGAAAACACUGCACCCAUUACUGGAAGAGGGCUGUGUUGAUGAUGAGCCACAACCCCAUAAAAGGGUUGGGUUCAUUGGAAUUUCCAACUGGGCACUAGACCCUGCUAAGAUGAAUCGUGGAAUUUUUGUGUCCCGUGGAGAUCCAAAUGAGAUAGAGCUCAUCGAAAGUGCUAAAGGGAUAUGCUCGUCCGAAGAAAAGGUUCUUGAAAAGAUCAGACACCUCUUUGAGCCUUUUGCAAAAGCAUAUAUGACCGUAUGCAAAGAAGGCAGGGGUUUUUUUGGACUGCGGGAUUUCUACAGUCUGAUAAAGAUGGUAUUUUCCAUCACUAAAUCCAGUAAUGAGAGACCUACUGCAGAUGAAAUCACUGCAGCAGUCCUGAGAAACUUCAGUGGAAAAGAUGAUGUAGAUGUGAUGGGCAUAUUCAGGAAAGAACUCAGAGAUGACUUUGCAAAUGCCAGCAUCACAGCCUAUGAUUUGGUCAAUCAAGGCAUCGUUCCAGAUUGCCAAGUGGACCAAAGUCGUUACCUCUUGAUUCUGACAAAAAACUAUGCAGCGCUUCAGAUUCUCCAACAGAUAUUUUUCUGUCACCAAAUCCGUCCAGAGAUCAUCUUUGGGUCCAGUUUCCCAAAGGAUCAGGAAUACACUCAGAUUUGUCGGAAUAUCAAUCGGGUCAAGGUUUGCAUGGAAACUGGACAGACAGUUGUACUGCUGAACCUUCAGAAUCUGUACGAAAGUCUGUAUGAUGCUCUCAACCAAUACUAUGUGACCCUAGGAGGUCAAAAGUAUGUUGAUCUUGGAUUAGGAACUCAUCGUGUGAAAUGCAGAGUUCACAAAAACUUCAGGCUAAUAGUCAUUGAAGAGAAAGAGGUGGUCUAUGAGCAGUUCCCAAUCCCACUGAUUAACAGGUUGGAAAAACACUACCUUGACAUCAACACAGUUCUCAGUAAUGAGCAGAAGGACAUUGCCAGACAACUACAGGAAUGGGUUGGUGAUUUUGUCUCCUUAAGUAGUCAACACUCGAAGACAAAGAAAUAUGUUCCAAGUGAUGUCUUCAUUGGCUACCACUCUGACACAUGCUCCUCCGUGGUCUUGCAAGUAACAGAGAAUCAAAGUGCUGAAACAGAUGCUCAAACCAUUCUGGACAAAGCCAAAGACAUUCUGCUCAACUGUGCCACUCCAGACUCAGUUGUUCGUUUGGACGAAGCCAGACUUCCUGAUGAAGAAAGGGAACAUUUAAUGAAAGAAUAUGUAAAAGAGGAGAUGCACAGUUCAUUGGGAGACUACAUUGUCUAUCACACACAGAAGGAACAGUCCCACUUCUUCUUCACUGAGGUCACAACAUUUUCCAGGCUACUGACUGCAGCAGACACUCAACAACUGCAGAAUGUGGUUAAGCUUGACGAUAUCAGGCUGCUAUCACUGCGGCAGUUUGACACAGAGUAUUCUUUCCUCAAGAAAAUCAGGGAAUUUCUUGGUACAGAGAAUCAAAGUGUUGAAACAGAUGCUCAGACCAUUCUGGACAAAGCCAAAGACAAAGUGCUCAUUAUCCAAACAGACUAUGAUGAUGACUCCCACAGACGGAAUAUUCUUUCUUCAGCCAAGUAUUCAUGCAUCAAUGAAAUAAAAAAGUGGGCCACUACUGACAACACAAAGACAUUUGUGUACUUUGUCACCAAACUUCCUCGAACUGAGGGUGGUACCUCAUAUGUUGGCUUUCAAGGCGGUCCUUGGAGGUCUGUUCACAUUGAUGAUCUCAGAAGAUCAAAAGAGUUUGUGUCUGAUGUUCAUUCCUUGAAAAAUCUACACAUAAGUGAUCUUUUUGAAGAUCCACCUGAGGCCAAGGACACAGAUGACCACACCAGUGUGCCACAAAAUGAUGACUCUACUGUUUUGGGAGAUUUGUUUGAUACAACAGAUCUGAUGAGGAGCUGUGUGCAGAGUGCAGUGAGCAUGCUCAGAGAUGCAGCAGACAGUGGAGAACUCAGCACUCACAGAGUUGAGAACCUGCUCACACUUCUGGAUGGAAGUCAGACAGAAGGUGUGUUUACAAGCAUUGUGAGGAAACAUCUCCACUCGCUGUUAAAGGAAUAUGAGGACAACAUCCCCAAUCCAAAAAGCUGGGUUCUGAGGGAGGCAUCUAAUGUCAAUGCUCUUCAAGAGGGGGGAACAUUCCUACACACACUGUGGAGGAAAAUCCAAGCAGUUGUUACUCCACUUCUAGCCAACUUGGUCUCAGUCAUUGACCGAGAUUGCAAUUUGGACCUUCUGCUGAAUGAGUCCGAUGACAUCAGGAGCCUAUGGCUUGAGAUAUUUGCGAGCAAAGAGAUGCUCCAUGUCCCUUAUAUGAAGGUGGAAAGCAACUCCAGUGUCUUAAUGGUACAAAGCCAUAUCACAGGUGGCAACACCAUGCGCUGCCUCAUGCCCUUCAGUUGGUGGAUCAAAGACUUCCUGGAUGGGCUCAUGAUGCAAACAUCCAGACGUGAAAAUUGUUCACUUAGUAAUUUCCAAGAGUUGUUCCUUAACACUCAACUUGGCAGUUACAUGAAAAGUGUUAAUGAAAGAACGAAGAGAGAUUUUUUCAGAAGGUACCUACAGGAUUUUGUCUCCAUGACUGUGAAAGUGGCAUCGGAUGAAGAAUUGCAGCUCUUGUGUCAGGCCCUGGCCAACUGCGUUGAUGAAGUACGGAGACGAAAAAGAGAUGAAGAUGAGCCUUCUCUUCUUCAUAUCCACAUUGCCUACCAUUUCUACCAAAGUCGUCUGAACAACCUGUCACGGAUGCUAUUUCUUCAGCCUGAUGUUGUUUCUCCUUUGCGAAAAAACCAGCACAUUAGACAUUGUCCAGAAAUGGUUUUGGAUGUCCAUGCAGCCAAAGCAUGCAUUGAAUGUCUAGAAUCUCCUGCAUUAGAUACUGAUGCUCUCUGCAAGGACUGGCUGCAGCAGGUGAAGAGACUGGAAGCCUCUUUGGAGUUGAUUUGUUCUCAACCUAACACCAGACAAUAUGGAGAGCGAGGCAAAGAAAGACUCCAUUAUGUCAGUAAUGGCUGGAAACGCAUCUGCAUCCUGUCAUUGUUUGUGGAACACAUGCUGCUGAAUUUCCAUCAUGAUGAGAAUCAGCUCAGAACACUGGCCUUACAUCAUUUUCAGACCUUAAGCAGGGUUCUGGAAGAAAACUCAGAUGUAAAAUCAAUGAAGGCUUUUCAAGCUGUGAUUAAAAUACUGAAGGACUGUAAGCAGAGCACAAGUGGUCAGAUUUUCAGGUUCGGACUUCAGUGUAAGGUGUGCAUGAGGGAGCCACAGGACCCUGUAGGGUUGCCAUGUCAUCACAUCUUCUGCUCCACAUGCAUCAGGGCAAGCCUUGAUGCAGGACAGACUUCCUGUCCCUUUUGCAGGCAGGAGUUACCAAAUAACUUUCAGCCACAGGUGUCUGAAGAUAUCAGGGCUUCUAUCAAGAAAAAUGCAGAAUUCAGGCAGCGUUGCAAUGGCUUCUUCAUUGAUCUGCUCUCCACUGUGUGCUUCAAGGACAACACACCACCAGCCAGAGGUGUCAUCAAACACCUGUUGUCCUUCCUGAUGGUUGAGACAGAACACGAACAGAUUCACACCAAAGAUCUGUCACCUUUCGACGAGUCCCCAGAUAAAAAUCCAGUUGUGCGAUCUGUGAUCCUCAAGCUGCUGCUGAAGUUCAGCUUUGAUGAAGUCAAGGAAUAUUUGCAGCAGCAUUUGUCAUCUGUUGAAGACAGCCGAUUUGUGGAUGAGGAGGAUAAAGCACAGCUUUAUGCCCUGUACAUCAACUGUUUGGAGGACUCCAUGUGGGAGAAAAUGCCUCAGGGAGGCGACAAGGCUGAAGAGUUUAAGACAUUUUUCAAUGAUGAAAUAAAAUUCAUACGCUUCUUUUUGGCUGAAGACACUUCUGUUCCAGCAACAGUAUCUGUUCAACAUCUCCAGCACAUCGCAAAAUUGCGUCUGUCACUAACCAUGGCUGCCCAGCUCAUCAGUGACCGUCUGUCUGACAACAUUGUUGGAGCAGAAGAUUUCCUGAACACGGUGAUUAAGCUCUGUGAGGACAGUGGGAAUGAUUGGUACCGUGUUUACCUGAUCCGCAAGCUCAGCGAAUGGAAGGGUGUUGAGUUUGUCCAGACACUGAUGAAACAACAUCAGUUCACAUGGCUGUUCCCUAAAGAGAUCCUUCAGCAGAAUGAAGAUGGAGGCCAGAUGGACCAGUAUCUUGUGUAUGGAGAGGAAUACAAGGCGGUCAGGGAUGCAGUUGCAAAGGCAGUGGUGGACGGCGAUGUUGAGCAGAUAGAAGAAGUCUGUGAGAAAUGCACAGCACCACCAAGGAAGCGGACAAUGUUCAUCCUUCUGGCACUUCUCAGAGAAGUUACAACUCUUUACAGAUCUGAAAAUACAAGUCUUCAUCUGACUCCUGAGCGAUGCCAAUCAUUUGGAGAUCUCAUCCAGGGCUCAAGGUAUCUGCAUCAAAGAGAAGUAAGGGAUUUUGCUUCAGCUUUGGUUCACAACAGGUUGGGAGCUCUGGCCAUGUCUCCUGAUAAUACGCUUGUAACCAACACUGUCAUUGAGCUGACCAUCCAUCUGGCAGCCGUGCUGCUCACUCGGACUCACAACCUGGUGAUGCCACUCAAGCAACUUGGUCUGUUUCCUGAAAAUAUGCAGGGGGCAUUUAUACCCACAAUGCCUGAUGACAUGUUAGCUGUUGCCCAGGCAGUUAUACAACAAGCCCAAGGGAGGGUUAUUUGGUAUGUGUGUCCAAAUAAUCAUCCAUACUUUAUUGAUGAGUGUGGCCAGCCCAUGGAGCGACGCCAAUGUCUGGAGUGUGGCCACGAGGUUGGAGGGAACAAUCAUAUAGCCGUGCCUGGAUUCAGACCAAUUCAGCUGCAGCAGGAUCACACAAGGCCUGGGCACAUCCUGGGAGACCCUGAGCGGAGAAACAACCUAGAUGCCCUGGACACCAAAAACAUGUCUCUGACUCCCUUCACUCUAGUUAGGCUGGUUACACAUUUGGCCAUGUUACUGGGAGCCUCAGAGAAGUCCCAGUUUUUCCAGCGCAUCAUCCAGCCACCUGUGGAGGAUGUUUGUUUGUUUCUCAUUCAACACAUAAUGAAGGAUCUGGAUCAGCUGUCACAGGCACUGGGACGAGGAGCUGACGACACUGUUACAACUGUCCACUUGGUGAUCAAAUCCCUGCAAGAGCUAGUGCAGGCCAGUCACUCUGGUAUUGAUCCUUCCCUAAGAACCAAAGAAUCCAGAAACACCUGGGAGACUACUGUGGCUGCAGAUAUUGUGACGCCUCGUUUGACGGAUCUUGAUCAACUCCUGCGAGAUGCAAAGGGCAGCAUCAGGACUGACUCCCGUGUUUCUUCCAACUUCAUCAUGAGGACUACCUUCGGUGAUGAUUGCGCCUUCCUGACGUCUCUGGCUCAGGGCUCUCAGGUCCACAGUUCAGCGGUUUGGAGCUGCAGAGAGAGGCUGUCAGUGCUCACCCUCACACACAUAGAGAGAGAAUUUCGGCAGAUUAAGUUCCUUCCAAACAUCUUAAUCCUGCAGAGAUGCUUGGUGAGAAAGUUCCAGAACGCAUGUGACCAGAUUGUGGGCUCCAUCAGACAGUUCAUUGAAGGGCAAAGAGAAAUGAGGACACAGUAUGACAAACACAUUGACAUCUUCCUGAAAACAUGGAAUCUGCUCAGAGAGUCUGUAGCCAGCAAUGAGCUAAAGAUCCCAGAUGAAUUUUGCAGUAAGGAUUUGGACAUGAACAGCGACCUGCAGUACCUCCUGCCCCGGCGGCAGGGUCCAGGCCUGUGUGCCACAGGGCUGGUCAGCUAUCUGGUAACUCUACACAAUGAGUUGGUGAAUGCAGUGGAUAGCCACACCGGAGAGGACAGCAGCAGUUACAAAGUGAAUGUGGCAGAGCUAACGGAGCAGCAUGUGAUCCACUAUGAGGUGGAGAAAGACCUGCUUCCUCUAGUUUUAUCCAACUGCCAGUACAGCUUGGAGCGUGGCCAUGAGACAAUAUCACAAUAUGACCUGCCCAGGAUCCAGCAGCAGAUCCUCACACGCUUCCUGCAGGGAAAACCCCUCAUCACCCGCACAGGAAUUCCUACUCUGGUCAACACACAAGAGAGAGACUAUGAAACAAUUUUCAAAGCUGUUAAAAGAAAAGUGCACCAGGAUGCUUUGUCCUCUCUGACCCGGAACGCCAUGUCCAGAGAGCUGGACUCUUACAGCGAGGUUUGUGAGGCUCUGAAGAUUGUGGAGCUGCUUCUCGGUUUCCUCUCAGUGGCUGGUGGUGAUCCGAGGAUGUCGCUGGUCACUUACCUCCAGGACAUCCUGAAGAUGGCCGACCACAUCAAUCAUCACAUAUUGCAGGCUCUGAACAGAUGCAGGCUCACACACUGUGUUUCUCUGUGGCAACACCUCUCCUUUAUCAAGUCUGAAAACAUGCUGCGACUCAAGAUGGAGCCCUUUUCGGGGUAUCCGGCGGAGUAUCAGAUGCCGCUGACAGAGGAAGACAAGGUUGAGCUGAAAAGCUUCAUAUCCGGGGGAAACUUGGACCAAUGGCUGCUUGAGAUGCACGAGUUCCUCCUGUUGAAUCUGGGCCGCCUGCGUGCCACUGAGUACUUCAACCCAACCUGGAGUGUGAAAGAGACAAUUGCUGCCUACAUGGACCGUAAAGAAGUGGAGGUGCCUCUUUACGUGAAAGAGAAGUUUCCUGGAAGUCUGGAGCUCUCCAAGAUUGUGGAGACCUGGAAAUACACCAUCACAGCCAAACAGGAAUGGAUGAUGGAGGGAUGAAUUGGAAGAGUUUUGAUUUUAUCAGGUUAAGAUCUGAUCAUUUUGGAAACCAAAGGGUUUUACUUUUUCCAAUAUCUUUUUGCUAUUUUGAUAGUGACAAUAAGGAUAGGGAGAAAGGCCUUGGAACGAAUCCUUCAUUUGUAGUACAUGCUCUACACAGUGAGCUGCCAGGGAUUUUAUCUUGUUUCUUUUUAUAUUUUUCUGUUUUUAUUGAAUUUUCUGUGAUACACAUGUAUGAAAAAUAAAAAAAACAAUUCAAGGCUUUUUAAAAACAAUGAAACAUACCAAGAAUGAUUAAAUCUGAAUGCAGGAAGCUUCAAAUAUAUACAGUUUAUUUAGUGUUAACAUGAGCCAGUCGAUAAUUUACUGCAUUUUAUCAAUAUAGUUGAAAUAAUAAUAACAAAAACUGUCCCAGACUCAUUUUAAGAGGAAAAUGUUGUAUGCAUUUGAUGAACAUAAAUGUUUUAUAUGGUUUUUUUUUAGGUUGUAUGUGUUUUAUAUUAUAUUAUCGUUUCAGGAUUAUUUUUACAUCUUUUGCAUAAAGAUUAUUUUAUUGUUUGACCACCAGUUUAAUAGUUAAGGUAAUGAAUCUGCAGGGUGGGGGAUUAACUUUUACUUUUAUUAUACGUUAUUUUUUUUACUUUUUUAUUACAAAAAUAUUCUAUCUUAAAAUAAAUCAUGUUAGAAUUAUCAGACCCAUAGCUGAGAAGGUUUGUGUGAAAGAGAUUGGAUAUUGUUUGAGGUCUGGUUGAAGCUGAUUUAUAUUUGUUUUUUUUGUUCAGUCUCGACAUG